AGGCAACUCGGCAAAAUAUUUAGUUGACGUUAGGCGUUCCUCAAUGGCACACGUUCACUCGCGUAACAUGAUCGGAGCGAAGAAGAAACUCCUACUGUUCGGUGUAUGUGUCCUGUUAAUCAUAUCUGUAAUAUUAGCCGUCAUUAUAGUAUUUAUUAUUCAACAAGGAGGAUGCGACAUCAAAUUCAAUAGUUUUUCGGAACUCGGACAGUACAGGCAGGCAGCGGUAUCAACAAAUGGACAAGAAUGUGCUCGAAUAGGCGUCGGUAUACUAGAGAAAAAUGGAAGUGCCGUUGAUGCUGCUAUAGCUACUCUUCUUUGUGAAGGUGUAGCUUCAUUGCAUAGUAUGGGACUGGGUGGUGGUUUUCUGAUGACAAUAUGGGAUGCAAAAAAUGGAAGGGCCGACUACUUGGAUGCAAGAGAAACGGCUCCAGCCAAAGCUACAGAAAAGAUGUUUAAUGGAGAUCCUAAUUUGUCAAUGUAUGGUGGUUUAGCGGUGGCUGUACCAGGUGAAUUACGAGGAUACUGGGAAGCCCAUCAAAAAUAUGGCAAAUUAAAAUGGCCAGAAUUAUUUAAACCAACGAUCGAACUAUGUUUGAUAGGCUCUGUUAUCAAUGAUUAUCUUCAUGCCUAUCUCAUCAAUAAAGAAUCUAAAAUAAAAGCAGAAAGUACAUUGGCCGAGAUCCUUAUCGAUCCAACUACUGGACGACCGUGGAAGGUAGGUGAAAGAAUAAAGAGACCAAAAUUGGCUGAGACGUUAAGACUAAUAGCAAAGAAUGGACCAGACGCGUUUUAUAACAGCACUUUGACCGAUCAAAUGGUUGCUGAAAUUCAAUCUUUCAAUGGCAUCAUUACCAAAGAAGAUUUUCUAACUUAUAGUGUCAAAUGGAGAAAACCAAUCGAAAUAAAUAUCGAUAAUUUAACAGUGUACACAGCACCUCCGCCCGGCUCCGGAGUGAUACUUGCAUUCAUUAUCAACGUUCUUCAAGGUAUCGUACCAACAGAUAAUCAGAACGUCAUGUGGCAUCGUAUAGUUGAAGCCUUCAAAUGGGCUUACGCAAGAAGAACGGAGUUAGGUGACCCUGAAUUUGUCGAUAUUGUUAGUUUGUUAACAAAUCUUACGUCAAGCGAUUAUGCGAAAGCAAUAAGAAAUGAAAUAAAAGAUUACGAAACAAGUAACGAUCCGAAACACUAUGGUGCCGUUACGGCAACCACUACGGAUUCUGGAACUGCCCACGUCUCUGUGUUAGCACCCGAUGGUUCUGCGGUAUCGGUUACUUCUACAAUCAACCAAGUUUUCGGAGCAAUGAUUCGGUCGAAAUCUACUGGUAUAAUAUUCAACGACGAAAUGGAUGACUUUAGUUCACCUGAUAUAACCAACGGGUUUGGAGUUCCGCCAUCACCAGCUAAUUUUAUUAAACCAGGCAAAAGGCCUUUAAGUUCUAUGAGUCCGACGAUAGUGGUAGAUAAAAACAAAGUAGCACGAUUGGUGAUCGGUGCCGCGGGCGGUACUAAAAUUACGACUGCUGUUGCUUCCAAUAUAAUAUUAAAUCUUUGGGCUGGAUACAAUAUAAAGGAAGCGAUCGAUGCUUAUAGAAUUCAUCAUCAGUUAUUACCGAUGACAGUUCAAACAGAAAAAGGAUACUGUCCUGAUAUAAUACAAUAUUUACGUGAUAUUAAACAUAAUGUAACGACAUUUACGGGUAUAGGAAGUGCCAUUACAGCAGUAGUAAAUGAUACAAAUGGUAUAACAGCGAAUUCAGAUUAUCGAAGACAAGGAAGUGUGGCUGGAUUUUAAUCUUUUUCCUUCCAUUUUCGUAUUAUUCCCAUAAUUUUUGU